AUGGCAACGGCCACCCGCACGUACAAUGACGCAAUUGAUGCGCUCAACUCGCUCCAGACCCCCUUCUCCGUGAUCGAGGCCCGCCGCAAGGCCGGCAUCCGGCCCGAUGCGGCGUCGAUCCGCGAGAUGCGCGGCUACCUCGCCCGCAUCGGCUACGGGCCGGAGGAACUGGACAGGCUCAACAUCGUCCACGUUGCGGGCACCAAGGGGAAAGGCAGCACGUGCGCCUUCGUCGACUCGAUCCUCUCGCGCUACCGGCAGAAGAAGAAGACCGGCGGCGGCGGCGGGGGGCCGCCGCACAAGGUCGGCCUCUUCACAUCGCCGCACCUGAUCGCGGUGCGCGAGCGCAUCCGCAUCGACUCGCGGCCCAUAUCGGAGGAGCUGUUCGCCAAGUACUUCUUCCAGGUGUGGGACCGGCUCGAGGCCAACGCCGACGUGGCGGCCGAUGCGGCGGCGCCCGGCAGCAAACCCGUCUAUGCGCGCUACCUGACGCUGAUGAGCUACCACGUCUUCCUGUCGGAGGGCGUUGACGCGGCCGUGUACGAGACGGGCAUCGGGGGCGAGUACGACGCGACGAACGUCGUGGAGCGGCCCGUCGCCAGCGGGAUCAGCACCCUCGGGAUCGACCAUGUGUUUAUGCUGGGCGGCACCGUCGACAAGAUCGCAUGGCACAAGGCGGGCAUCAUGAAGCCUGGGUGUCCGGCGUUUACCAUCGAGCAGGUUCCGUCGGCGGCCGAGGUGCUCAAGAACAGGGCUGUUGAGAAGGGGGUUGACCUGAAGGUGCUAGACAUCGAUCCGCGGCUGGAGUCGGUCAAGAUCCGCCCGGACGCGACGUUUCAGAAGCGGAACGCCUCGUUGGCUGUUGCAUUGGCUGAGACGGCGUUGAAGAAGCUGGAUCCUUCCUUCUCACCCAACCCGGAGAGGUUGCCGCAAGAAUUUGUGGACGGCCUGGAGCAGGUUGUCUGGCGUGGCAGGUGCGAGGUGAAAGAAGAAGGGAGCGUGCUCUGGCAUGUUGACGGUGCCCACACGGCCGACAGCCUGAAGAUGGCAGCCCGCUGGUUUGUCGGCGAGUGCGCCGCCCGAGCUGAAGGGGGACCCAAGGUGCUCAUCUUUAACCAGCAGGGGCGCACCGAGGCUGUCGACUUCCUCGACGGGUUGUGCAAUACCGUCAAGAACGCUGACCCAGCUGGGAAGGGGUUCGAGCAUGUCAUUUUCUGCACAAACGUCACAUAUGCCACGACGGGGUACAAACGGGACUUCGUGAACCACCAACACGAUCCCGCAGAUAUUGAGAAGAUGACGAUGCAGCGGGGGUUUGCCGAGAGGUGGAAGGCCCUGGACCCGUCUGCUAACGUCAUGCUCAUCCCGAACAUCGAGGAGGCCAUUAACACGGCCCGCGAUUUAGCAGAACGGGCUGGCGGGACGAAAGUGCAGGUGCUCGUCACCGGCAGUCUGCACCUAGUCGGCGGUGCGCUGGGUAUUCUCGAGGGUGCGGAUGCGCUGUAG